AAGAGCUUAUAUUGUUUACGUUUUAAACAUAAACAAUGAGAAUUGUUGGGAUUGUUUUUGUGGUGGCGCUGGUGGCGACCACCGUGCUUCAAGCAGCGGAGGCGGUGGUGAUUCCGGUCGGGGGUGACAGUGGCUGGAUACGUCCUCCUAAUUCUGACUUCUAUUCCUCUUGGGCCGCGGGUCUAAAGUUUACCGUCGGAGAUAUUUUAGUGUUCAACUUUAUGGCGGGAGCUCACGACGUGGCCGGAGUGACAAAAGAAGGUUACGACAACUGCAUCACAACCGAUCCUAUAUUCUUAAACACUACAUCCCCUUUUUCUUUCACUCUCGAUAAACUUGACGAUUACUUUUUCAUCUGCACCAUCCCCGGCCACUGCUCCGCCGGCCAGAAAUUGGCCAUCACCAACCUCCAACAAUCGCCCCCACCUACCUCUCCCAGUACUCCUCCCGUUCCCGGUAACGAGCCAACACCAACACCACCUGCCUCCCCUGAUUCUCCACCCAUUUCGAAUGAAAUGCCACCGCCCGUCCCAGUUAUUGCUGCUCCGCCGCCACCAAACUCCGCCACCAGUAUUGUGGGCUCUAUAUUCACUGUUGCCUUCGUCUCCAUCGCUGUCAGCUUCAUAAUAUAUUAAUCACUCGUCGUUUUCUUUCUUUGUUUUAGUUAUUAUUAAUGUUUGGCUUAUUACAUAAGAGUUGACGGGGUUUUGUCAACGGCGCUAUUUUCAGUAUUGUAUUGAGAUUUUUAUUUUUUAUUUUAAAUUUUAUUAUAGUUUUGCUUUUGGUUUAUGUGAAAAAAUUAUUGGAUGAGAUUGUUAGGUAUAAUGUAGGGUCACAGUUCUUACAUAAUUAUUAAAUAUCUGGCUGUAAAAUAAAUAAAUAAAACUAAGUACUUUAAACUUGUAUUCAA